CUUAAAGCUUCCAUUCAUCUCAGUCAGAGCAGCAGCACGGUCCAACCUGCCCGGUAUCCGUCCAGACGCCCAGCGUCCAGCUGGGUAAACCUCUCCCUCCAUCUCCCUCCAUCCAUCUAUCCAUCCAGCGCGUCCGCAUCCUCUUCCAGGAAGGUCAGACGCAUCAUUUUUUUUGAUCAACGGACCUGUCAACUUUUUUUAUUUUGAUUUUCAUUCAUCUCCACCUCCUCCACGGUGCAUCACUGUGGAUUCUGGCAGCACCGAGUCGUAGCUGACGCUGCUUCCUCCCGUGUGGACGAGAGGAUGGCUGGCUGACCUCUGAGUUCACCGACUGAUCACAGCCGCCGCCAUGGCCAAAAGCCCCGAGGUGAAGCUGGCCGUCUUCGGCCGAGCGGGGGUGGGGAAGUCAGCACUGGUGGUGAGAUUCCUGACAAGACGCUUCAUUUGGGAAUACGAUCCGACACUCGAAUCAACAUACCGUCAUCAAGCCAAUAUUGAUGAUGAAGUCGUUACCAUGGAGAUUCUGGACACUGCGGGGCAGGAGGACAACCAGCAGAAGGAGGGCCACAUGCGCUGGGGCGACGGCUUCAUCAUCGUGUACGACAUCACGGACCGCGGCAGCUUCGAGGACGUGGCUCCGCUCCGGGGUCUCCUGGAGGAGCUGAAGAAGCCCAAGAACGUCCCGCUGGUCCUGGUGGGGAACAAGUCGGACCUGGACCACGUCCGGCAGGUCCCCACCGAGGAGGGAGAGCGGCUGGCGUCUGAGAUGGCCUGCGCGUUCUACGAGUGCUCGGCCUGCGCCGACGAGGCCGGCGUCGUGGCCGAGGCCUUCCACGAGCUGUGCAGGGAGGUGCGGCGCCGCAAGGCCGUCCAGGGCAAGGCCCGGCGCCGCAGCUCCACCACCCACGUCAAGCAGGCCAUCAACAAGAUGCUGACCAAGAUCAGCAGCUAGGAACGAGCCGCGCCGCCGUCUCACGACAAGAUCAACAAAAAGAUGCACUUUUUUUCCCACUGAAAGAUUUCGGACAGUUAUUGUCUCCAAUAUGGACAUGACAUACCUUUAUUGUUCUCUCAUCAUCUGUGAUUGAAAAAGAGUCUUUUCCCCUUUGGAAGAGAUAGAUGAUUAAAACCUGAACUUUCAUUAGACUCAGAGACAUGUUAACUCGCAAAAAUUGUUUAUAUGUUAAAGUAUACAUAUCAUGAGUUUUUCAAAGUUGAUAUAAUUUUCUGGGGUGUUAAUAAAAUGUCAAAAACUUUUUUUUCCACAAAGAUAAGCCCCGUGUUCAACCAUGUCUCUACAGUUCUGUUCAUAGCAGUUGGUUUUUUAGGGGGCGGAGUCCGACUCUUAACUCCACCCCCUCGACUGCAGAGAUGUCAAAAGGUUUAAAGUACCCGCUUGCAUAAAGUUAAAGAUAAAGUAGGUGGAUACUCCUGCUCUGAUCUGGGUCUGUGAUGUCACGGUACCUGGAAAACUUAAAGACGGAAAGAGUUAUUUCCUGAUCUGUCCCCUUUAAAGCCUUUAAAGCGCUCGACUUGUAUCUCAUUCCUUCAUCUGAAUAUCUUUAACUUAUUCAGUAGACCAGAGUGCAUUUUGACAGCGAUGCAUGCGGACCGUCACAUGUAGCAUGCAGGGAGUCCUAGGGGUUAUUGAUAUCCUAUACCAAAAUUAUAAGUCGUUUCUCUGUAACCCGCCUGUGCCGGGAUGUUGUGAUGUGUUUCAGUCCAAAUGUGUCAACUGUUCUGUCGGCAGAGGUCAGAGAGUAUUCAUGUCAGAGGACCGUCACUGGGUAAAGUAGAUCCAGUGUCUCCCCGGAGUUAUCAACGUCUCAAAUAUGUUAUUGGACUGUAUCUGUCCUACGAUGGACCACCCCGUGUUUGUCGGGGACAAAUGUACUCAAGACUUUUUUUUCGUCCAGAAGGAACCAAAGAAGAGGUUCAAAACACACAUGCUCGUUUUUUGCUUCGUUUUCUGACCCACGAAGGGAGGAAAUGUCAUAUUCUGCAGAUGUUCUUCAUGGCUGUGGCGUGAACUGUGUGAAGGACAGCAUGUCCAACGUAGCGUAGCCUCAAGCGCCGCCGGGUCUUACAGCGGAGGCAGACGGAGCCCAAAGGUGGAAGAUGCUGUCAUCGUUGAUGUGAUGUUGGUGUGAGCCGUCUCUGAUCAAAUCAAUCAGCUGUGCACUUGUGAUUAAAGAUUAUCGUAACAGCUUUUCUCUUCAAGCGUCAGUGACUUUGAUGUACAUUGGUGUUACGGUAAGAUCAACACCAGGUACACGAUUGUCAUUAGAGUUCACCGAACCGUGUCUGUGAUGGGUGGAUGUGAUGUCUUCAGAC